AUGCCUUCUACACGUGAAGGUUAUCUUUGGACGCCUGCGGGACAUACUGAUGGGCUUGUGACCGAGGCUGUUGUCAAAUCCACAUCAAACUCUUUGAUUCUCGAGAAGUACGAUGUUAUCGUUGUCGGCGCCGGCUUUGCUGGGCUUAUUGCAGCUCGUAACCUCAGCAGAGAAUCAAACCUGAGAGUGCUGCUUUUAGAAGGUCGAGAUCGCAUUGGGGGGAGGACCUGGACUGCGAAAGCCCUAGGUGAAGAUUUCGAAAUGGGAGGGACCUGGAUACACUGGAACCAACCGCACGUGUUCACAGAGAUCCAUCGAUAUGGCCUCCAGAAGAACCUGAAGACGUCUUCUGGGACAGCCGAAGUGAAGAACACCCUGUACACAGCUGCAUAUUCUUCGACCUCACAGAUCGAUGGAUCUGAGAUGAACGCGGCUGUCCAAAGAGCUGCAGAUGCUUUUUCCUCCAUUGAUGGUCUUUCAAGCCGGCAGCUGAUGCCUUAUCCACACGAUCCCUUCCACCAGCCGGCCCUGUGGCUGAAAUACGAUCACUUGUCAGCCAAGGACCGGUUGGAUCAGCUUGACAUACCCCAAAUCGAGAAAGCCCUCUUCGACUCUAUGAUCAGCUCUUUUGGGGCCGUCCCAGGGAGUCAGUGCGCGUUCACUGAAGUAUUGCGAUGGUAUGCUCUUGGUGGGCAUUCUAUGGCGGGUGUGUUCGAGCUUGCGGGAACGUUCAAGCUCGGAAACGGUGGAAUGACUUCAUUGGCGCGGUCAGUCUUAUCGGACUAUCGUGGACACCUGUUGCUCAACGCGGCUGUCGACAAAAUUGAGCAGCAUGGUGCAUCUGUUCAUGUUUCCACGAAAGAUGGGCGGCACAUCCACGCCGACUACCUAAUUUCUACGAUUCCGCUCAACUGCAUGUCUGACGUGUCUUUCUCGCCGCCGUUGUCGGCCCUCCGUCAAGACGCCAUCAAGGCUGGUCAUAUAAACAAAGGGGCCAAGAUACACUUCCACCUUGCACAGACCGAUCCAGGCUGGUUCUCCAUGGCGAAUGGGUAUGGGAAUUCUCCAUGGUGUUUUGCCUUCUCUGAUCAUAAUGGCACCGUACAAAAGGAUGGAACAUUCUGCAUCGGGUUCGGCUAUGGUUCUCAGUUGACGGACCCGAAGUCCAGCGAACACAUUAUCUCGACUUUCGCGAAGCAUAUGAAGCCAGGAGCUGAAGUCAAGGCUUAUCUGACUCACGACUGGAACUCCAAAAACCUCACGGAAGAGUUCUUUUUGCAAGUGCUGACUGGGCCGAUGGAUGGCGAGGGUUCAUAG